UGCAAUGCAUUAUGGGAAUGACGUCAAGUACGAGCGUAGAAGAAGACCAUUACUGAAGAAACGCCGUCGUGCUGUCUGCAUUAUAAAACGUUCAAAUGUUUAUAUUUAUUUAUGCUUCUAGUUUUGGCUUAAUGUAUGAGCAAUAAUGAAAGAUUAUGUAUUGAGUAAUGGCAAGGAUUAGAUGCAAUUAUUGUCAAAAUGAGAUAUUCGGACACCGCUUACGAUGCACUGAAUGUGCCGACUUUGACCUUUGUUUACAGUGCUUUUCAUUAGGUGCAGAAAUAGCCACCCAUAGACGUGAACAUUCUUUUGCUAUCAAGAAUGAUCAAGGUCCUUGCAUUUUUGAAGAUUCAGAAAGAUGGUCACUUGCUGAAGAGAAUAUGCUACUUGAUGCUGUUGAGCAAUACGGCUUUGGGAAUUGGAAUGGAGCUGCUGCUCAUUUAGAAAGUAGAACCACUUCAGAAUGUGAAGAUCAUUAUAGACGUUUCUAUAUCAAUGGUGUGGUUGGAGAUGCUACUCUUGAGGAAGUUCCCAGACCCAGCAUUACUGAUCAUACCAGUGCUACUGGAGCCCUAGCAGGUCCACUGUCCCCCAGUUUAACCAUUCCUAUUACUCCUCUAGAUGUAGGAGUGCAGCAACAACAGGAAUUAGGUUACAUGCCAUUUAGAGAUGAUUUUGAAAGGGAAUAUGACAAUGAUGCUGAAACACUAGUCAGCAGUCUUUCAAUUAAUCAUGAUGAUGAUGAAACAGACAUAGCAAUUAAGCUAGCUCAGAUCUGCAAGUAUAGACUACGCCUCCAGGAGCGAGAGCGACGUAAAAGAUUAGCAGGUGAAUAUGGGUUGAUAGCAGCUGGUGUUCCUGCAAUUUCAAAAUCUGCCAAAACUCCCCACUCCAAAAAGAAAUUUGGAAAAACUGGAAGAGAACUACAAGAGAGGUUGAAACCUUUCUCUCAGUUCCAUACUCGAGCUGAACAUCAAAUGCUCUUUAGUAACAUCAAAAGAGAAAAAGAAAUUAAAGCAAGAAUCAAAGAGUUGAUACGUUUGAGGAAAAAUGGUUUAACAAAACUUGAUGAGGAAGAUGUUUUUGAAGAAGAAAAAUUUAAGAGAGAAAAAAGAAAAGAGACUAAGAAAAAGAUGGUGACCUCUUCAACGCCAAAGAGGAACUCACAAGUCUCAAAAAAAGCAGAAGGAAAAUUAGAAAAAAUGGAUACAUCUUCAGAAGAAAACGCAGAAAAAGCUCCAGGAAAAGGUGAUGAAGGCACAGUAGAAGCUCGCAAAGAAGUAAACAACAGCAUGCCAGGGUUUGAACUAAUAUCUGAGAAUGAAAAAAAGCUAUGCAACUCAAUGGGCAUGUCACCAGCUAAUUACAUUACCAUAAAGACUUGUAUAAUUAAAGAUUACCUGCAAAGGUGCAAUGGCAAAGACAUUGGCAAAUUUCGCUAUCCUGGGGGAAUGGAUAAAACACAUAGACGGAAAAUUAUAGGUUUUCUGCAAGAAAAUUUAUGGAUUGGUGCAUCAUGAUUCUCAGGGGUCUUUGUAUGAGUGAUUUGUUGAAUGAUAUGUUGUUGUUUUUUUAUUUAAGGCCACAAAUAAAUGUAAAAAGUGGCUUUUUUUUUUUUUUUUUUUUUUUUAUUAAUGAGUCUUUGACACUUAAGACAAAUCGUCCUGUAUGAGAUGCUUUAACUUAGUGAUUUAUCAAGACUCAUUUCUUAUAGAAAUAAAAUUCCUCCCCCUCUCCAUCUCCAAAAUGCAUUUGUCUUAAUUUAAAUGUAUAUUUCUUAAUUUAGAGCAUUACGUUGCGAUAAAGGUAUGCUGAUAUGAUGGUUGUGAAGCAGUCUGUUUUAAGACUUGCUAUUACCCAUUGUUAGGUCAUUGAUCUAUUCAUCAAACAUUACAUCUGUAAUAUUCAUUAUUCAUCAUGUUAGUCUUUUCAAUUAUUGUCAAUGACAUCAUCUUUAUAAAGCUUGGACAUAGCAUAAAUUAGCCAUUUUUGUUUGAGAUAACUGAACAUACAUUUUUUAUCUUUGUAGGAGAAAUAUGGAUGGCUCUUUUAGCUUUGUCUAGUCUCUAUAAGGAUCUUGUUUUUGGUUUGUAAAUUAUGUGAAUAUUAAAAGUAGCUUUGUCAUUGAACAAAUUUUUUAAAAAUUGCAAGUUUGUUUGAGAAAAUGUUUGUGCUGUAUGUCUGCAGAAUGUGGGACUGAAUUCUUCCUCUAUUAUGCCAUGUCGAUUGCAUUUGAUAAAAACACUCAUUCUCAUUGUAUUUGUGGGCAAGAUUUUACUUUAUUGCGAGUUUCCAUUGGUGACAAAUUGCUAAGUGAAUGAAGUAAAACGUUGAUGGAUGUUCACCUGCCUUUUAUAAAUCUUUGUUAUAUACAUAAUGUGAAUAUGACAUAAAUUAUUUAUCAUCAUACCUUCCAGUUUAAACAUUUAUGGGCUAUAUGGUGGUGUUUUUUUUUUCUUCCAAGAUGUUUGUUAAAACUAAAAAUAUUAAUUUUGCCUGUAAAUAUUUUUUUGUGUGUAUUUUUGUUAAAACAAAACAAUUAUUAAAUGCAAUAGGAAAGAAAUGUAGUUUUUUUGUGUGUGUUUAUUAUGCAAAAAUGUAACAUUGAAUAACUUUAAUAUAUAUUAGUUAUAGUCUUUUACAGAAAUGUAUGAUUAUAAUUCCUAGUCCUACUAGAACUUAAUUGUGGAGAGACCAUUAUCUUUUUAAAUUGAAACUUAACUCCUCUUAUUUUCCAUUUAAGAAACAGACUAUCUGGGUGUACAAAAGCAGUGUACAUAACACCACCAACCCAUUGUUUUUACUUGUCAUAACACUCAUUUCAUUUGUGAUUAUUCCAGUCAUUGUCAACUGUUCCCGUGUACAAUGACUAUCUGACAUGAGGAAGUCAUUUUGUUUUAUUUAUAUAUAUAUAUACCUUGUUUAAUGUACCAUUUCUAAUCAUGAAUUAGUGAUAUACAGGAUAGUCCUUUGAAGACUACAGAUACUUUAUUUAUUUUGUGUUUAUUUUUUUUUAUAUUUCCUGAUGCUAUUUAAAUGAUGCCAAUGUUUGUGUUAUCAGCUUGAGAAAUGUGAACUGUAAUAAAUGUCAAAAUAAAAGAAAUGGUUCAUGAA